UCCUGAAGCAGGACUCUGCAGUACCGAGUUUUUGCAGCAUUGCUUCCAGGGUAGUGGCUCCAGUCUGCGCGAAGUGGUAUCACCUAUCACCAAACUCAUUCUGCCAGCUGCUCCGCCCACCGAGCCCCGCCCCCAGGCCGCCCCUUACUCAACUGUCACGUGCUGGCGGCUGGCCAAUCACAGGGGCGCAUGGGGCCAGACAGAAUUGGAAGCGUGAGUCGAGGACGCUCAGACGUUCCCCGCGACCCGCACGGGCCCGAUGUCUCGCGGUGGAUCAGACCCUGAGCAGCGCCAGCGGACCUCAGAGGCGGACGCCACCUCCGCAGCCUUCCGGUCCAGCGGAUGAGUGGGUGCUGGUGUCAGCUCACCGCAUGAAGCGGCCUUGGCAAGGGCAAGUGGAGCCCCCGCUUCUGAAGACCGUGCCUCGCCAUGAUCCUCUCAACCCUCUGUGUCCCGGGGCCACUCGGGCUAACGGAGAGGUGAAUCCCCACUACGAUGGCACCUUUCUGUUUGACAAUGACUUCCCAGCUCUGCAGCCUGAUGCUCCAGACCCAGGACCCAGCGAUCACCCUCUUUUUCGGGCGGAGGCUGCUCGAGGAGUUUGUAAAGUCAUGUGCUUCCACCCUUGGUCGGAUGUGACGUUGCCUCUCAUGUCGGUCCCUGAGAUCCGGGCUGUCGUCGAUUCAUGGGCCUCAGUCACAGAGGAGUUGGGUGCUCAGUACCCUUGGGUACAGAUCUUUGAAAAUAAAGGAGCCAUGAUGGGUUGUUCCAACCCCCACCCCCACUGCCAGGUGUGGGCCAGCAGUUUUCUGCCAGAUACGGCUCAACGUGAGGAACGGUCUCAGAAGUCCUAUUACAGCCAGCACGGAGAGCCCCUGCUGAUCGAGUACAGCCACCAGGAACUACUCAGGAAGGAACGUCUGGUCCUAACCAGUGAGCACUGGUUAGUGCUGGUCCCAUUCUGGGCGGUGUGGCCCUUCCAAACAUUGCUGCUGCCCCGUCGACAUGUGCGGCGGCUGCCUGAGCUGACCACUGCUGAGCGAGAUGAUCUAGCGUCCAUUAUGAAGAAGCUGUUGACUAAGUAUGACAACCUAUUUGAGACAUCUUUUCCAUACUCCAUGGGCUGGCAUGGUGCUCCCACAGGAUCAGAGGCUGGGGCCAACUGGGACCACUGGCAGCUGCAUGCUCAUUACUACCCUCCACUUCUGCGAUCUGCCACUGUCCGGAAAUUCAUGGUUGGCUAUGAAAUGCUGGCCCAGGCCCAGAGGGAUCUCACCCCCGAGCAGGCUGCAGAGAGGUUACGGGCACUUCCUGAGGUGCACUACUGCCUGGGGCAGAAGGACAGCGAGGCAACAGCCAUUGCCUGACCACAAGGCUUUGAGUCCUUCUGCCAGAGGAGACUGAGGCGUGGAGUUUGGGCAGAUGUAGCAUCAAUAAAGUUAACUUAAAACUUUAA